AUGAGGUCGGGCUAUAUCAGUGUUGACUACAAGAUCCAGCGUUCCUACCUCUUUGCGGUGGUCGCCAAUGUCGGCCCCGGCGGCGCUAGUCGCACCCUCUCCGUGGCCUACCGCCAGCACCCUGAGAAAUACAACGAAAGAGGAUCAGGGACACGAGUGAAGCAUAUGGUGGCCGACACCCUCGCGCUGAUCGCGAUUCUCUCAGAUCCUACCAACCGCGCCCCGCUUGAGGCGGAGAAGGCGAUCGCGGAGGACUGGUAUCGUCGCUCUCACGAGCCUCCUGUUAAUGAGCGACCCAGUGUACCUGAUCGCCCGCAGCCCCUUUAUGUGCCCCCGAGCAAGCGUCAGCUGCGUGUGGAACCACUGCCAGCACUGCCAUGGCAGGAUGAGGCAGUCCGCACGUUUCCCUUCACUGCGACGUGCGUACUACUGGCGUUGCUACGGGGCGACCACAGAUACUGGACCCGCAUCGGCGACGUCCAGUUCCAGCCGCUGUCGACGGUAUUCCGGGGCGACUGCAAAGAGUAUGGCCUCAUCGUGCUAGAUAUCUCUGAUCUAAAUAGCGGUGUUAAGUAUGGCAUUGCUGCAUUUAACAUGCGCUACAUGGCCCAGCUUUCGUGGCACAGCGACAUGGGGGGCUGGGAUCCUGUUGAAGACCCUCCACCAUCCCAGGAGCCGGAUGUGGUGCUGGACCUUCCGCGGCCUCGAGAGCUGCUAUCGAUUGUUCAGUGGAUAGGGGAGUAUUACCACUGGUCGGAUCUGAAGUCGCUACAUAUUUUUGAACAACUGGAGCUGAGGCCGCUGGCGGAUGCGACCUCCUUGGAUUAUAUCUGGCCAUCAGAGUUAGUCCCGCCAGAGGUGGUGCCUCCUGGUCCGUCUCUUUUUAAACGGGUUCUCUCGAGCAUCCGGAACUCAGACAUUCGACCUCCUAAGUCUACCGUCAAGCCGCCAGACUAUAUGGUCGGCUACACUAUAACAGACGACCGACCGCCUGAUACAGAAGAGGCGUCAACACCAUCCUCCAGCAGGACCACACUGACUGAGCCACCGCCACCAGUCCCAGCAGACAUCGACCGUGCGAUUGACGAUCUGCUCGAUCUCACCCAGGAACCCACCCCCAGACCCCUCCAGAAGAGAGAAAAGCCUGUGGUCAACAUUCAACUCAUUUCCCAGUUCUGUUGGAGACUGCAGCAGAGACUUGAAGAGGAACCCUACAGGCUUAGUCCCUUUAUGCUCUCCAGCCAGGUCCUGCGUGUUGCAUAUGCGGCGUGUCAGCACCUUAACUGGGUGGUAUUUAACCUAUCACCUCAUAUCAUUACCGCCGCUAUAAGAUCAGAUGAGCUUCGGGCUGUGUCUGCACUGAGUAUGUGUGUUGACCAGCCCCGAUUCGCAGAGUCGGGCCUCGGCGAUCUUGCAGCAGCCCUGGCGCAGUCAACAUCCCUUAAACAAGUCUGCCUUGUACAUCGGCCGGACCAUACGAACGACGAUAUAUCAGCUUGUUUCCACUCAUAUAUGCUAAAACAAUGGGAGAGUGACUCCAACGAUACCAUGAAGUCGAAAACUAUCUAUUCAACCUCCGCCUUCCUAACUGGUUUACGCAGUCGCGAGUAUCUUCCUUCGUCCCUGACGAUUAGUUCCGAUCACACCUCCUCCACUCCCACGGUCUUUCCUACGAUACACCUCUUUAUGUUUGACAGCACGAACGGUUCCAGCACUGGAUAUACGAGCUACUACUCGGCAGAUGAAUUGGGCGUACGUCCCAUCCCCCUGGGCUUCUUCGACCCCGAGCCGGAUCUCAACAGCCCCUCCAGUGUCCGGCUGGGAGAGCUCCCACGCGGGGAUUGGGUGGUUCUUGUAGAUCGACAAGAUCCUAAAAGUGAAUGGGGCAAGGACAAGCCCUUCCUACAAUACUCUUUCGUGCACAUUCAUGGCGCCCCCGUCGAGAUGGCACCCGAGGAAGGGGAACAGCAACACCAUCAACAACAUGCAGAACAACAACAACAGCAAAACCAACAAAAAGAAGAAGAAGAACCCCUAAACUCCCUUCAGGUAGUUGGCGGGCUGACCGACUUCCUACGGAUCACCGUGCCAGACACGGACAUACCCACAUGGGAGACACGGCUGGAGGUGGUCGAGAGCGAUGUAUCUACCGCUUCACUCGAGACAACUCCGUCCAGCGCGUCGUCAUCGACUCACGUGUCUGUGAAUACGUGGGUCCGACGGCUCAUGGAACGGAGCCAACAGGGGGAGGAAACGGACGAGUACGACGAGGUCGUGGAGCAACAGCGGCUAGAGCAGGAGCUCUUGGAGGCACAAAUCGGGGUGGAAGAGGUCGAGACGGAAGAAUCCUGCAGCAAGGUCCGCGUUAUGGCGGAGAGCUUGGCCCUUACUUUGCUCGGCCGGUUACGGUGA